GCGAGAGACUCCGGUGCCUUUACGACGACAACCAACCCCGACAACCCAAAAAAUCCGUCAAGAUGGUCAAGAAGAGGGCGAACAACGGUCGCAACAAGAACGGCCGCGGCCACGUCAAGCCCGUGCGCUGCUCCAACUGCGCGCGCUGCACCCCCAAGGACAAGGCCAUCAAGAGAUUCACCAUCCGCAACAUGGUUGAGUCCGCUGCCAUCCGUGAUAUCUCCGACGCCUCCGUCUUCACUGACUACGCCGUCCCCAAGAUGUACCUCAAGCUGCAGUACUGUGUCUCCUGCGCUAUCCACGGCAAGAUCGUCCGUGUCCGCUCCCGGGAAGGUCGUCGCAACCGUGCCCCUCCUCCUCGCAUCAGGUACAACAAGGACGGCAAGAAGCUGAGCCCCCCUCAGGCUGCUAAGGCCAACUAAGGGAAAGGAAAUGGAAUGAAUCAUUAAUCACUUUUUUUCCUCGAAAGAGAACAAAAAUGGAAUUAGUUUGAAAAAGGGCCAAUUCCUACUCGGCGUAACGCUUUUCUCUUGAUCAUGUGUGCUUGAUGAAACCAUCUUUUUCUUUACUUUUCAAUGAACGGGAUUCAGCUACGGGGUUGAAAAAAACGGAUUUUCAAAAGUCUAGGACUGGUUCUCCCAGGAGAUGUUGUAGAUACAUCAGAUAUUGACCCGCUCGCAAAGGAGCCACGCUUGUUCAGUCG